AGGGUGGGGACCCCGAGGGGUUCAGAUGCCACCGCCCAUCACGGGGACACACGGGGGCCCCCCCAAAAGAACGGCCACUCUGCGGCUUGGGGCCGGGCGUUUCCCAAGGGGCAGCUCCCGUGGGGGAUAAAAGGGGCCCGGGGGUGGCCGUGGGGACAGCGAUGCCGAGCCCGUGGGUGCUGGUGCUGGCGGUGCUGGGGGGCGCCUGCGCCCUCCCCGCCCCGGCGCCCCUCUCGUACGCCGAGGCGCUGGCGCAGGCCGUGGAUUCCUACAACCAACAGCCCGAGGUGCAGAACGCCUUCAGGCUGCUCAGCGCGGAGCCCGAGCCCGGCCCGGGCGUGGAGCUGAGCUCGCUGCGGAGAUUCAACUUCAGCAUGAUGGAGACGGAGUGCGCCGCCAGCGCCCGCGCCAACCCCGACGACUGCGACUUCAAGGAGAACGGGGCCAUCAAGGAGUGCUCGGGGCCGGUGCAGUUCCGGCAGGACUCGCCCGAGAUCGACCUGAGCUGCUCCGACGCCUCCUCCGACCCGGUUCUGAUCCAGCGCGGCCGCUUCGGGCGCUUCCUGAGGAAAGUCCGGCGCUUCCGACCCAGGAUCAAGUUCGACGUCCGCGUGAAGGGCUCCGUGGGGCUGGGCUGAGCAAUAAAGGAGCCACCGGGAGUGGCCGUGCGGGCACCGCGUCCUCCUGUCUCUGUCACACGGGGAAACUGAGGCACGGCCGGGACACGGGGCUGCUCCGUCCUCAAGGGGACGCGGGGUCGG